AAAUAGAUAACAAUCGAUACUCUCGAUAGCACGAACUCUGCAUUUAGCAGAGAACUUUUAUUUACAAUUCAUAGUAGUUGAAAGUAAGGUGAUUAGUGAUGGCGGACAGACUAACCCAAUUGCAAGAUACUGUAAACCAACAAGCUGAGCACUUUUGCAAUGCUAUUGGUGUCAUUCAACAAACUUCGUACCCGAGCAAAUUUGCAAAUUUUGAUAGAACAGGCUCCCAGACGCCAAUUCAAAACUCACCACAGGAGGAUUACGCGCAACUUUUUGCUCAACUGAUUGCGCGUUGUGCUAAGGACAUUGAUACGCUAAUUGAGUCUUUACCUAAUGAAGACAGUUCAAUCGAACUGCAAAACUCAAGUCUUAAACGGCUAGAAAUUGAAAACCAAGAAACGGCUGAACAACUUGAGCAUGUCGUUUCAAAGGGAGAACUUUUGCUUGAAAAAAUCCAGAGUGCCUUGGGAGACAUUGCGCAGGCCCAAUUAGAUAUGCAAAUUACAUUGAAGCCUAGUUCGCAAUAAACAUUUGAUAUAUAUUUUAAUUGUCUAAUUAAAUUCUUAAUUGUUUUAAAACAUGUAAGACAUUAACACAAAACAUUCAAAAUAUAACUUUAAUGGGUUGUCAUUCUCA